AUUUUUUUGUCGCUCUUCUUUCGCUCUUUUAUCAAUUUAUUUUCAUAUACAGUCUUCUUGCAUUAUUAUACCAUGUCAUCAGGCGAUAUAGAAGUACAGCCUUCAAUCGCUCAUUACAAGACAAUAGAAAAAUAUCGCCAACAGAAUGAACAAUAUUGCAGAAUUAUCGAAAAACAAAAAGGCGUCAUCAAAUGUUUAAAGGAGUCAUUGAUGCAUUUGUCAAGUGAGAACGAAAGCUUAAAAGAACACAAUAAGCAACUUCAGGCACUUGCCUCGGUUAGGCAUAUACCGGAAGCCGACCAUCAAACAGACAAAAGAAUUGUACAACAUCAAUCUACAGAGCGUGAUCUUCAUAAAGAUUUAGUCAUCCAAAAAGCAUUGACUCCUCCUCCAAAGUCUCCAUUUCGUUCCAACGAGAAUAAAGUGGAUAGUCAUUCAAAGGGCCCAUACACAAGUCAUCAGCCCCAUUUGGUUAAAAGACCCCCUGUCCUGAACUUGGCCUCUUCCAAUUAUGCUCCUCGAUACUUGCUUAAUAAAACCAACAAAGAAUCAUCCACACCAUUACAAUCAUCAUCAUCACAAUUACCCACGCCUGCUUCUUCAUCCAUCAGUUCACCACUUUACACAACAUCCGUAUUCAGCCACCAUCCUUCAUCAUCUACACUUGAACACAAUAACUUAAAUUCUGUAAACGACGUGAAAUGGACGGAUAUGGAAAUACACAAGAAUCAGUACAACCAUACUCCUGCUUCUUCUCAUUUUGAUAUUUCCAAAAAUAAACAAGACAUAUACACCAGAGGCGAGCCUUCUACGCCCGUCAUACCACGAACACCUCGGUUUGAUUCUCUGGCGAUAACCCAUUUGGAAAAGUUAACCCUUAACAACCUAUGUAAUGUCUUUAUUGAUGUUGUCAGUUCCACUGUGUUCAUUGACGAAAAAGGCAAAGGGACACCUGUGUUCACAAUUAGCGUAUAUCAGAAAAAUAAUGAUGUCAAGAAUGAAAUUUGGAAAAUAGAAAAGACAUUGAAUGACAUUCAAAUGUUGGAUAAACAAUUAAAAGAGAGUAAUCCAGCUCAUGGUAGCCUCCUAAAAAAGUUGCCAGAAAAGCCAUUGCUGAACGCCCAUGCCCCGGCCAAGGUGGACGAAAGAAAGCGUAUUAUCGAGGAAUACUUGCAGCAUGCAGUGUCAUUAAGAUGUAUAAACGAAACAAGUCUAUUAGAGUUUCUUAAUUCUUCAAUUAUUGGAGAUGCAUCUCAAAAGAAAUGUAGCAUUAAAGAAGGAUAUCUUACUAAAAAAAGAAAGAACAUCGGUGGCUGGAUAUUACGAUACUAUAUCUUAUGCAAUGAUGGCUCACUGACAUAUUAUGAAAAUAAAGACGGACAACUCUUGGGCACUAUCAACUUGAAGAAUUCGCAAAUAUGGUGUUACACAGCUAAUGAAUCACAGCAGGAUGAUUACCGCCACGCGUUUGUACUUCUUGAAUAUAAAUCCAGCAACAACAUGCACAAGCACAUACUUUGUGCUGAUUCUGAUGAAGAAAGGGAUCAUUGGGUUACCAGUCUGCGAAAUGCAUCACAAUAUUUGUAUAACAGUGAAAGGAAUGCAAGCGGCCUCUCAGAUCUAAGUUAUGAUAGUGAGGAUAUUUCAUCGCCUUCACUUGCAGGAAGCCUUAAAGUCGUGGACAAAAAAUUACCAGAUAUGCGUAAUUCUCUUAACUCGUCAUCAUCAAAGGACCCGCUUAGCCCAAGAUCGUCAGUCUCGGACCAGACAGGGAUUGGGAUUCAUAUAGCAUCUAGACAGCAUCUACAUUCAGUUGGUUACAAACCAAAGGAACUAAACAGUAUAAAGAAUGAGCAUGAAUUUAUGCUCAAUCCAACGCCUGCAGCCCAUGGCGUCUUUGGUGUUCCUUUGCAAGAUGUUGCCGAUAAAACAAAGAUUUCGGAUCAGUGUAUGCUGCCAGCUAUUGUAUAUCGUUGUAUAGAGUACUUGGAAAUCAAAGGCGCACUACAAGAAGAAGGCAUAUACAGAAUGAGUGGAAGUGUGUUGGAGAUCAAAGGCCUCAAGAGGAGGUUCAGCGACGAAGGCGAUGUUGAUCUUUUAGGCCAAGAUCAGCACCACGAUCUUCAUGCUGUAGCAGGUCUACUCAAGAUGUGGUUACGUGAACUUCCAGAAAACAUCUUUACAGAAAGUUUAUUGAGCGAGUAUCUACGCACUUGUGAAGCUUCAGAUCAACAGGCAAAAAUACACGAGUUGGGCCGACUUAUCUCACUUCUCCCACUUGUAAACUAUGCACUUUUACGCUUCUUGUGUGCACAUCUGAUCCGCGUUGUGCAAAACUCAAACAAGAACAAAAUGACUUUGUCCAACAUUUGUGUCGUCUUUUCUGCUACCUUGGCCAUUCCUUCUCAUAUGCUUCGAAUGAUGCUAGUCAAGUUUGACUAUAUCUUUUGGACCGACUCUUGUUAUCCUCAAGAAAACGAAAAUGCUAAAGCUUCUGGAGAGCAAGUCUUUCCUACAGAAGAUACGCUAAAGAUAUACAUGCAAGACCUAAGCUCACAGGAGCACUUGUCUAAUGAGUCUACGGAUUCGCUGGCCCUUAAAGCUCGCUUAUCAAGAAAUAGUGCAUACUACCGAAACAGUACGCCUAAACAUUUUAUGAUAUUAGAAGAACAAUUAGAAGAAAUAGAUAAUGAUUCCUUCUUGAAUGAUGAAGGUUCUUAUUAUUUCAGUGACGGCGAGCUUGAAGUAGCGUACUUUGCUGAAAGGUCUAGCGCCAGUAGUAAGAAUAUCAGGCACUCUUCUUAAUUAACUUUCUUAAAUGCAUUUUUGUAAAUACUCAACAUUGCUCUGGAAGCAUGUUCAUCUUUUUAAUUACCUAAUGAAUUUUUUAAAACAACUCGCG